AAUCCAGUCAGUCUCGCGUCGCAGCUGAGAACAGAUGGAGUACCGCUGAUUCUACAGCUGCCAGGAAAACGGAACAAGAAGCAUUUUCUGAUGAAUCCAAAGAAAUUGCUCCUACAUUGUCUUCCUCAGGCGUUGAAAUGGAACGUUUGUGUGUGAUUCUUUUGCUUGUAAGUAAAACUUUCGUAGUGAAUGCGCAAUUCAAUGGGUUCAACUGUGACGCCAACUUCCACAGCCGCUUCCCCGCUGAGCGGGACAUCAGCGUGUAUUGUGGAGUGCAGACCAUAACUCUAAAGAUAAAUUUUUGCCCGGUGCUUUUCUCUGGAUACACCGACACUGACCUGGCUCUGAACGGGCGUCACGGAGAUGCCCACUGCCGAGGGUUCAUCAACAACAACACCUUCCCUACAGUCGUGCUGUUUAGCAUCAGUCUCAGCACGCUGGAGGCCUGUGGAAACUCGCUUGUGGUCUCCACGGCUCAGGGGCCUAACGCCUAUGGGAAUCUCUCCAUGGUCCAGAUUGGGAGUAUAGCAGGAUACAUUGACACUCCGGAUCCCCCAACGGUCAUCAGCUACUUGCCGGGACUGCUUUAUAAGUUCAGUUGUAGUUACCCUCUGGAAUACCUGGUCAACAACACCCAGCUUGCUUCGUCGGCCGCAGCGAUAUCAGUGAAGGACAGCAAUGGCACUUUUGUGAGCACACUGAAUUUACUUCUAUACAACGACUCCACAUACGUCCAUCAUCUUGCCAUCCCAGUGUCUGGUCUCACUCUGAAGACGCGGGUGUUUGCUGCCGUAAAAGCCACCAACCUAGACAGGAGGUGGAAUGUUCUGAUGGACUACUGUUACACGACUCCCUCUGGGAAUCCUAAUGACGAGCUCCGAUACGACCUAUUCUUUGGCAGAUGUGAUAAGGACCCGCAGACAACAGUGUUUGAGAACGGGAAGAGCCAGAUGGGCCGCUUCUCCUUCGAGGUGUUCCGCUUUGUCAAGCACAAGAACCAGAAAAUGUCCACCGUCUUUCUGCACUGCGUGACCAAGCUGUGUCGCUCUGACGACUGCCCCCUGCUCUUGCCUAUCUGUGGUAAGAGGAAGAAAAGAAACGUGUUGGAAAGAACUACCGUGGCUUCUGGCAAUGCAGUCAUGACUGCAGGGCCCAUCAUCACCAGAAGUGAUGAAACUCCCACCAAUAAUUCCCAGCUAGCACAGUUAAACAGCCCUCCAUUCAAAAUGAAUUCAGUGACGAGUGCCUUGAUUUCCGCCAUCGCGAUCCUCGCCGUUAUGAGCAUGUGUUUCUUCAUCCUCUCUCUGUCGCUGCUGAGAGGGAAAUCAACACCCUUGUCAGGAACCCACAACCCUGCGUUCAGCUAAACGCACACACACACACACGGCCGUUCGGUCAGCUAAACAAUACAACAUUACCUGUGUGCGGAGCUCUUCGGUUACACACAUACAGUACAGGGAAAUAAUAUCAUAAUAUCACUCUACACAGCCUUUAGCUAUACAAAGAUGCCUAUUUUUGGUCACAAAGCAUGAAUACUUCAUUCUCAUCACUGCAAACUUACAUAACACACAAAUUUAAACCAUUAGAGGCUGAACUCUGAUUGGAAAUUAUUCUCUCACACAUGAUAUAAUCAGGAAUAACGGCAUUAAAAGAUUCACUCAGUCAUUUGUUUUCGUUAAAGUGUUUUACAGGUUAAACAAUGUAACAUUGACUGAAUCACGUACACACAUGUGAGAUUCUCAGUCAUACCGGUAGACCAAACAAAUCUGGGGGCUGCCAUGUUGAGACCACGUGACCAGCUGAAUAAUACUCACUUAAUGGACAGUUUGGCUAAUGAAAUGAGUUAAGGGCUGUUCACACCAAGCGCGAUAAUGAUAUUAGUGUCUGUUUAUUCUCAGCACACACGCAUCUUGCCGCUUUAAAUUCUCCAGCUUGUGAGAACAGCUCUGAUUCUGAUUGGCUGAAAAAUCGUUCUGAAAAUGAUUCCAACGAUAUAAUUUUCUGCGCCUUUAUCAUUAUUGUUGUGGUGUGGAUUUUUAGAACGGUAUAUUUAUUCCUAUCUUUAUCGCUUGGUGUGAACGGGGCUUUAGUCACGGCUUCUAAAAGUGAAAAAAACUGAAUCGGCAUAAUUCUGCUUCCACGCCACUAGGUGGCAGUAUAAGUUCAAGACGACUCACCCAACAUAAACAAAAAUUUAUAAAUGCACUUAAAAAUGCUCUAUGCAUGUACAAGAAGGGAGACGCUUCUGCUUUUAUGAUCAGAUUUUUCUUUCAGGUUAACUACUGUUAUGACAGCUUAAAGCCAAAUGUCUGCAUUCUUGUACUUGCAUGAAGCAUAUUUCUGGCUGUAAAGGGAUUCUUGUUGUUCCUAACACAUUUUGAUUUAUUUGGAAAAAGCCGGUAUUUUUAAAAAUGUUUCUAGUAUUUUCUCUAUAACGGCAUACACUGUUGCUUUGGACCCCAUUAACUUUCAUUGUAUGGGAAAACAACAGUUGAAAUAUGUUUCAAAAUAUCUUCUUUUAAGUCCAGCAAAGGUAAGAAAGUGAGAUUAGGAAUCUUCAGAAGCUUAAUUUUUAAAAUGAACUAUCCCACGAUUUAUUUCAUACUUUUAGAAGUGACCUUAAACCACGACACGGCAGCACCACGAUUUGUUUCCGUCAAACCCGGAACAUGAUACAUAAAAUGAUACAUUGAAAACGAUCGUAGUCACACAGUGUAACGAAAACAUGAAUAGAUAUUCUGUUUUUACAAACCUUAUUUAAUUGCACUUGUAAAUGAACUGAUCAACAGAGCAGCAAACUGUUUUUUACUUGUAUUUAAUUUGAAAUGUCAAUUGAUCCGAUCUGUUGGUGCAGUGUAUCUUAAAGUUAAUACCUCAGCCCCUUGCUUCAUUAUUGCAAGGUUUAAGAUCAGUUACAAGAAGAACAUAAGCAAAGGUAUCUAAUAGACUUGCCUAACACAUAUUUCUAGUUCAGUGAGAAUAUUAGAGGCUAUAUGACAGAAAGUGAGGCGUCUAUUCAUCACAACAGCACAAAGGAUCAUGGGACACCAGUGAUUCCGAGUACAUUGCUCUCUGCAAUAAUUAGUUUGAGUUACAAGAGCUGAGAAAGAGACCAUAGGGAACGAAUUUAAUUAAGUCAAACAGCAACCUAGAUCACCAUGCUAUGUGAUUGAGGUGGAUGAGAAGACUAUUUAAGAUAUUUUUAGUUUUAAUUAAUUGUAUUUGUUUUUACUCAUUAGUAUUCAUAUGCCUCAGUGAUACCCACUGAACAGUAAUAAAUCUUAGCACUUAGUUUCACAUACUCUAAUAAUCAGUAUUAGCUUUAUUCUUUAAAGAUAUUUGAAUGGAGUUUAUGUCCAAGAUAAUUUAAUUAAAUUUAACAACAAUGUUAUUAUCCCCCAAACACGCAUUUGUAUUACUUUGUAGAUUUUUCUUUCCUCUUUUUUUAACAAUAAAGUCAAUUCAGAUGUGUGUCUGAAUAUUUUUUUGUUUGCAGAUUUUCUUGUAGUAAUUACAAAACACACAGGGAUCACGAUAUAUUUCUUAGGUUUAAUGUUUCCAAUGCUGUCCUGUUGCAGAAAGCAAGCUUUCAAAGCUUUCCGAUGACUUGCCAGCUAAACAAAGAGCAUGUAUACAUACCAGACCUUUGAAGAUGCCCAGGCUUAUUAUCUGUGACAUCAGUGACAAAUAUUAAUAGAAUUGUGGCAGAAUAAAUGAAUGGCUCCAUUUAAUCUACAGAAAGGCAGGGGGUGAGACCCGCUAUGUCUUCUCUGGAUAUGAAAAGCAAACAAUCUAUCAAAGCAUAAUGCUUUCUCUCCUGGAGGAAGGAAGAAACCAAAGACAUCAGAACUCUCAGGGGGAAAAAACAUAUCAAUACUGUGGUAAUCAUUUUGAUACCAUAUAUACAUAUAUAUCAAAGCAAAAUGAUAUUUCCUUCUGAAACCAUUGUUGUAUCGUUUUACGGUCAAUAUGCUUUAUGUAAGAGUGUUACAGUAUUGGUUUCAAAGCUGCAUGGUUUCCAUAGUGACAUAUAAGUACACCCUUCUUAAAUAAAAAUCCACUUUUGUUCCUGGCAUGAAUUUCUUGAUCUGACAAUCUCCUCAUCUGCCAUAAAGAAGGGUUGAGUGUCAGCAUAGAAUAUAAGGAUUAGCU